CUUAAAUGCUGUGCAUGGUGUAGUGUAGGGGUAUGGAGUUUGGGGUGUGUUGGUGAUGUGCUAACGUAUGGUGACGUGGUGAAUGCAGUGGGAUACUGCUGGUCAGGAGAGGUUCCGGACCAUCACAAGCAGCUACUAUCGUGGAGCGCACGGGAUCAUUGUUGUGUACGACGUGACAGACCAGGAGAGCUUCAACAACGUGAAGCAAUGGUUGAGUGAGAUCGACCGGUACGCGAGCGAGAACGUGAACAAGCUGCUGGUGGGCAACAAGUCAGAUCUGGCGUCGAAGAAGGUGGUGGAUUAUGCAACUGCAAAGGCAUUUGCGGACGAGAUUGGGAUUCCGUUUUUGGAGACGAGUGCGAAGAAUGCUACGAACGUGGAGCAGGCGUUUAUGACAAUGGCAGCGGAGAUCAAGAACAGGAUGGCGAGUCAGCCCGCGUUGAGCAGCACAAGCAGGCCGAACAAUGUGACGAACCUGCGAGGACAGGCUAUUCCGCAGAAGAGUGGGUGCUGCUCAUAGGGGAGGUGUUGGGAGGUGGGGCAGAAAGCGGAGGAGUUUGGUUAUGUUGUCGUUUUGGUGGAGUCUGGAGAUUGGUGUGGUGGUGGUUGCGGUUGGGAGAAGUGGUGGAGGGUGGUGAGAGGAGCAGAGGUUGAAUGCGGAGGUUUCAGUAGCGCAUGCGAGUAGAUAGGUACAUAAAUUUUUGGAUAGUGAUCUUCAUGGAGCAAGAACUGAUUGAAUCAAUUGAAGUGCCCAGCGCGCAUUCCCGCUGAUGAGAGGGAAUCCGUAUGGUGCAGUGGGUUGAGGGGAGGAGUGAUUUGUUUUACUCUUGCGCGUCCGAACUAUUGUAAAGUGGGGAUUGGGUCGGAUCGUUUACGUGGGCUUAGGUUUUUUUAGUACCGUGGUUAGGUAUCUGCUGACCGGAAGGUGGAUAUUCAAUGCAUAAUUUCUUUGCAGUGCAAUAUGGAGGACCGAUCCUUUUGGGUUCGUAAGAUUUAUGAGUCAAAGAAUUUUCAGGAACAAUCUGCAUUGAUAUCCAUGUAAUGCAAUUGCAUAAGAUUCAUUUGUUUGAUUAUCUUGCAA